UCGUCACUCGCCAGAGUCGUCAGUAAUUAGUUAUUGUGCAUGUGCAGUUUGGUUCGCAUCUGCUAAUCAACAAAUAAAAAAGCUGUUUCAAAAUGCAUUCCACCUGGCGAAAUCAGACCGAUGGCAUGGAUGACAUAUGGGCCCUAUCGGAAAUGGAAGGCGUAGGAAGCCGCGAGAUAGAGGAACCUCCGCCAGCAACGAUUCUGGAGUACAGAGCUCAGAUGGCAGCGAAUAAUACUGGGAGUGUUUACGACAAUCCCAUGUUUGGCGAUGGGGACGUUACUUAUGUUAUGCCGGGACGAGGCCGGGGAGGAUUCAGGACAAUGAUGCGACCAGGGGCCUCACAGCUUUCUGAUAAUUCUGUGACUGAGGAUGUACAAAGGAAAAUUCGACAGGUGGCGGGCAUGGGCUAUUCCAACGCACUAAUAGAGCAAGGGGUCAGGGCUAUGACUAUCGCCAACGAAAAAAACAAAACCCCAACCUCUGAGACAACCAGCACUUCGAAAACUUCAUCUCCGUACAAAGUGGCACAUCCGAACUCUCCCUUGAUAGAAAGAAGCUCUUCCACUUGCUCCUCCUUGAGUUCGAUUUCGCCACAUCCGGUGACGAACGGAGAGUCUGGUCCUCCGCCCCCGUUGAGCGUCAUGCGCCAGAGAGCCGCAGAGGAAAGAGCGAAAUCCAAACAAAAGGCCUCCGAGAACGCUUCUUCGCCGAAAACCAAAUCGUCCACCAUUAAAAAGAGUGAGAAAUCUCCAAGUCUGAGGUCUCCUUGUAACGGAAAGAGGACCGCUUGGCAAAGAACCAGUCCGGGUUCUGAUGACGGUUCCUGGAGGCGACAAGACGGUAACAGUGCCGAUAGAUUUUUCAAGUCACAGUCUAACGGUUUUAACCUAAAUUGCGACGAUUUUCCCGCUCUAAAGUGAGCCAUAAUAUUUCUUUUGCUGUUUUUGCGUUGGUGGAUUGUUAUUUAUGGAAAUUAAUGCGUAUUAAAGAGAAAUUGACGUACUAGGUGUACUUUUCCUUUUACUUGUGGACUUUUUUUUUGGCGACUGAUGAGAUUUUGGACGGAUAAUUAUUAAAGUGGAAUAUUUUUCUAACGAUUUUUUAUCGAUGGUCGAAUUUUUUUGUGUCGGUCUGGAAAACCGGGAAAACCUCGGUGAAUUUUUCCUAUUUUCCUGGAUUUUGUUUUGAUUCCAGCUGUAAUCGGUUGCGAUAUGACUGGACGUCAGUGGGUUAGUUAUUAACGCUCCCGUUUCCAUUUUUGUUAUAUACAGGGUGUCCAGAUUUGCAGAAACCGAACUUACUUGGUGGUAGAACUCUUCAGAAUAAGCAAAAAGUUUUUUUAAAAUGCGUGUUA